GCCCGGCGUGCGCUGAUGCGGAUGUGCGGCACAUCGGUUGAAGGCGGGGAGGCAGCGGGAGCGGAUCGGUCCGGCGCUGGCACUUACACCUCGCGUCCCGCGCUGGCAGAGCUCACAUCCCGCACGAUCCGGUCCCGGCGACACGUCCCGCAGCCGCACCGGUACCCCGGCACCGCGGCGCUCUGGUGCCGAGACCGCUCCGGUACCGCUGGCCGGCCCGGUACCGUCAGCGUGUUCCAGUGCCCCCUGGCGCCGUGCCCCCACCCCGUCCUCCCGGUGCCGCGGCCGCCCCGCGCACAGCUCGGCGGCAGGCGGCGGGUCGGCGCUGGCUCGGCGCGGAGGCUCCUGCUGAAACCCGACCCAGCGCCGCCCUCAGCCCCUCUCUCCCCCCGCCGCCCCCAUCCCCGCCCCGCCACCGGAGCGCGCCGGCGGAGCGCGGCCCCGGGCCGGGGUCCGCGGAGAGGUUAUUAUGUCCGUGCCCGUGCGGUGGAUCACUGUGUUCAAGAUUUCCUGCUGAAGACCCAAAGUCAUCCUAGGACACAGAUCCUGUCUUUAGGUGCUGGCUUUGACUCCUUAUACUUUCGUUUGAAAGACAUGGAUCUGCUACGUCACACUGUGAUAUAUGAGGUGGAUUUCCCAAAUGUGGCAUGCCAAAAAGCUACUCUGAUCAAAAGAACGGAAGAGUUGUCAGCACUGGUGGAAGAUAGUGGAGCAGAAGGAUCAGGAGUCACUACUGCCUUUUCUGGAAAGGAUUAUAGAUUAUUGGGAGUGGAUUUAUCUGAGCUGCCAAAGCUGAGUAUAGCUCUAGAAGAAGCAGGAAUGGACAAUGAAGUUCCCACCCUUUUCAUAGCGGAGGUGGUGCUCACCUACAUGGAAAACAGCAGGUCAGAUGCCUUGAUUCAGUGGGCAGCAGAGCAUUUCUCUCAUGCAUGCUUUCUGCUCUAUGAGCAGAUGCACCCAGAGGACCCCUUUGGACGUGUCAUGCAGCAGCAUUUUCGUCAGCUGAACUCUGCACUUCGCUCUUUGUCUCAAUACCCUGACUGUGAAGCACAGCAGAAGCGGUUUUUUGAAAAAGGCUGGACUGAGUGCAGUGUCAUGGAUAUGAAUGAGUUUUUCACCUGUUGCAUUCCAGAAGAUGAGCAACGAAGAGUGCAGGCUCUGGAGCCUUUUGAUGAAUAUGAGGAAUGGCAUCUGAAGUGUUCUCAUUACUUUGUCUUAACUGCAUCAAAGGGGAUGGAACCCUCCUGGACUCCAUUAUUAUCCAACGUGACAGUUCCUCAUCAUCAUGGCCCUAUCAGGUUGGCUGGGAGUAUCAGUGCACUGGCAUGUGCAGUUCAAUCUGAAGUCCUUGGCUUGAGACGUUACGGUCACCACUCCUCUGUUAUAAAACCCAAUGUGAUUCUGACCACUGGAGGCUUUGGGGAGGAGAAUGGACAUCACUGUCGUAUGAGAAAUUUUCACGUGCUUAUUAAGUAUGCAGGCUCCUGGAAAACCAAAUGUGUGAAAAAGGAAAAUCCUGAUAAAAGAUGGGAUGAGCGGUUGUACCAUACUGUGUCGUGUCUCUCAGACAGCCUAGCCCUGGUGGUAGGAGGACGAACAUCCCCAUCAAAUGCAGCUUUGGGAAUGCUGUGGCUAAGGUUCCUCAAAAUCUGUAAUGACUUAGACCCAGCUGAUGUUACUGUGGAGCCUGUAAGUCUGCAGCCUGCUGUUGAACGAGCUGCUUUGCGUUGGAGACACAGUACAACUGAAGUAAUAUUCAAAGGAGAGAAGUACCUGUUUAUGUAUGGAGGCCGCUCUGCUACGCAGCCAGUGCUUGGGGAUUGGUAUUUCCUGCACAUUCCAGAAAUUUCCUGCACUACGAUUUCUGUUGAGGGUCCAGUACCAGAAGGCCGCCACUCUCACAGUGCCUGUAGUUGGAAAGGAGGAGUGCUGAUUGCUGGAGGUUUGGGGGCAGCUGAGCAGCCCUUAAAUUCAGUUUUCCUUCUGAGGGAGACUGAACAUGGCUUUCGGUGGCAGAUCAUAGAGACACACCCUCCUCUCAUCCCAAGGUAUUCACAUACUGCACAUGUGCAUGAUGAAAAACUUAUGCUUGUUGGUGGAGUGUGGUUCCACUCACUGUGUGUGCCCGGCAUCACUGUCAUUGACUUAAUGACUGGUCUGUGCGUGGACUACACAAUUAAUGCAGAAUGUUUGGAGUGGCCUUUAAUGCUACAUAAUCAUAGCAGUGUUUUUCUGCCAGAUGAGAAGGAGUUGUUGCUUAUUGGUGGUGGUGGGAACUGCUUCUCCUUUGGGACACACUUGAAUCCAAACCCUAUCUCAUUGAAUCUCAGCAGCGUUCUGAGCAGCCCCUAACUGGGGCCAAACAGGACUGAGCUGUAAUGCUGCACCGUGGUGUGACAUCUGCUUACCUGCAAGUCCAAGAACAACAAAGUGUUACAACGUUUUUUGUACCCUCAGUGCAUUUGUAAAGGUGGGAUAAGGAGAAGGGAUUAAGAAGUGAAGUUCUGUCAAGGGGUUGCAUACCUCAUCUGUCUGUUUUUUUUUUUUCUGUAGUCCUUUUUUGUGUUGUUGCAAACAAUAUUUUCCAGAAAUAGCUCUUAGAUUCCUUAGAUGUGAAGUAAGGAACACUGCUGUGUUCAAAAGUACUGUGUUCAAAAGUGCACAGUGAUGACUUGGAGGUAAAGUGAAGUCACUAAGUCAAGAAGCCAUUGGAAAUAUGCAACCAAGCAUAAUUAAAUGUGAAAAAGAA